AGGGCAUUACCGUCUUUUCACUGAAUAUGCGUUGAAAGUGGGCAUAUAAAUUUCUGCCCGCUCUAUGGACUUUCAGGAGGUUUUCGUUUCACGGGUUUCUCUCCUACCGGAAGAAGCCAACCGCGUGAUCGGAGGGUACUGACAGAAGGGAAACAUGGUGAAGAUUUGCUGUAUUGGAGCGGGGUAUGUGGGUGGCCCUACCAUGGCCAUGAUAGCACUCAAGUGCCCCUCGAUUGAAGUGGCCGUUGUUGAUAUCUCCGUUCCUCGAAUCACUGCCUGGAACAGUGAUCAGCUUCCCAUCUAUGAGCCAGGGCUUGAUGAGGUGGUGAAGCAGUGCCGAGGCAAAAACCUCUUCUUUAGCACAGAUGUGGAGAAGCAUGUCUCUGAGGCUGAUAUAGUGUUUGUGUCAGUCAAUACUCCUACUAAGACUCGGGGUCUCGGAGCAGGCAAAGCUGCAGAUUUGACAUAUUGGGAGAGUGCAGCCCGAAUGAUUGCUGAUGUAUCAAAGUCAGAUAAGAUUGUAGUUGAGAAGUCUACAGUUCCCGUCAAAACAGCUGAGGCCAUUGAAAAAAUUUUAUCCCAUAACAGCAAGGGAAUAAAGUACCAGAUCCUCUCAAACCCUGAAUUCCUAGCCGAGGGUACUGCAAUUCAGGAUCUUCUACAACCAGACAGAGUUCUCAUUGGUGGGAGGGAAACCCCUGAUGGCCUCAAGGCAAUUGAAGCAUUGAAAAAAGUUUAUGCCCAAUGGGUUCCUGAAGAUCGCAUCAUUACCACUAAUUUAUGGUCUGCAGAGCUCUCAAAGCUUGCUGCUAAUGCAUUCUUAGCUCAAAGAAUCUCAUCGGUCAAUGCCAUGUCUGCUCUCUGUGAGGCCACUGGAGCAGAUAUUACCCAAGUGUCAUAUGCUGUUGGAAAGGACUCAAGAAUUGGUCCCAAGUUCCUCAAUGCUAGUGUCGGCUUUGGAGGUUCGUGCUUCCAGAAGGAUAUUCUGAACUUGAUUUACAUUUGUGAGUGCAAUGGUCUUCCUGAAGUUGCAGAGUACUGGAAGCAAGUCAUCAAGAUUAAUGACUAUCAGAAGAGUCGUUUCGUCAACCGGAUUGUUUCAUCCAUGUUCAACACAGUUGCCAACAAGAAAGUUGCCAUCCUUGGUUUCGCCUUCAAGAAAGACACCGGUGACACCAGGGAGACUCCUGCGAUUGAUGUCUGCAAGGGGCUUCUAGGGGACAAAGCACAGUUGAGCAUUUACGAUCCUCAAGUCUCGGAAGAGCAGAUCCAAAGAGAUUUAUCUAUGAACCAAUUCGAUUGGGAUCAUCCCCUUCAUCUCCAACCAAUGAGCCCUAACACAGUGAAGAAAGUCCACACAGUAUGGGAUGCUUAUGAGGCAACAAAAGAUGCACAUGCUGUCUGCGUCCUCACUGAGUGGGAGGAAUUCAAGAAGCUCGACUUCCAGAGGAUAUACGACAACAUGCAGAAACCAGCCUUUAUAUUCGAUGGCAGAAACAUCCUGGAUGCAAAUAAGCUCAGGGAAAUCGGCUUCGUUGUCUUCUCAAUUGGCAAGCCACUCGAUGCCUGGCUCAAGGACAUGCCCGCUGUUGUUGCAUGACUGCGCAACAGUUGAGUUUUGAUCAAGCACCUAUCGAUCCCUCCCAAAACAGCGCCUGCCUUCAUAGCUAUAAAACAGGCAGUCAGGGUUAUAUUCUUCUUAUCCAUAGUUUUCAAUUCAUCAUUAUUUUUUAUACAUUGCAAUGCAGCUUGGUAGUAGGUAGUUGAAGGAUCAUCAAUCAUCACAUGUUGCUUCCUAUCUAUCUAUCUAUCUAUCUGUCUAUCUAUAAGCUUUUGACAUUUCCCUUUAUAUUAUUGAUGGCAUUACUUUUGCUAAUUUUUAUAUUAAGGGUUUUAUUAUUAUUCUUGGCUGCUGCUAAGAUUUGCUUGAGAGUGAAACGUUAUUAUGUACACUGCAAGAAUUUAUCUAAUUAAACAUUGCUAUUGGAUUAUAAUUUUUCUGUUAA